AUGAUGGUAGCCCAUAAACGCAGUCGGGAUGGUUGUUUUACAUGUCGCCGCAGAAAAAAGAAGUGUGAUGAGGCGCUGUACCCCAAGUGUCAUAAUUGUCAGGCCAACAAACUAGAUUGUUCUUGGCCAGAACAUGUGACGGAAAAACACAAAGACAAGGAAGAAGCAGUCAACACAUCAGCAACUCCAGAUAAAAAGCUUGAGACUGACAGAUUCGUUGAUACGGGUAUAAGCCUACUCUCCAGUGCUAUCACUAAGCCUCAUAGUCCGCGACAUCCGGCUCUGUCGCACCUGAAUUUGCACGAACAGUAUCAAGAAGCAGAAUCACAUAAGAGAAUUAACUACAUUCUUCAACGAAUCGCCAUGCAACAGGAUUGUGUGGAUGAGAAAACGGCUGGGCCAGAAGAUGUGGUACCUGUUUUUGAGUCUUCUACUAAAACAAAUGCUAUCCAUAAACGCAUAGCACAACAAAUGGAUAUUGGAGAUCACUACCUAGGACAAAGUCGACUGCUAUCUAAAUAG